AUGUCUGAACUGAGGGAGAAUAUAUCAGAGUUGAAGAGUUCCCUUGCUAAGAAAGAUAGUGAACUCAACUCUUCUGCUGCCACCCUAGAAAGUCGAAAAAAUGCCUAUUUUCUUCUUGAGCGUAAGAAUGCUAACUUCUCCCAUAGUUAUGACAAGAUUUUGGCCGAAGUUGAUGUCUACCACAAGGUUGCUAAACAUUCCAAGUCUGGGGUUUUCAUUGAUGCGUGCAAGUUGGGCUACUUGGACUACACGUUUGGGACUGCUUCUUGCUAUGCCAUUGGAGAUGAAGACAUCGAGACACUCUGCCUUGACUUAUUCCUUGUUUAA